GAAAACUGGAUGGGAGGAGGAACAGCCAGGACAUGAGCCAGCACCCAUGUGGGAUCCUGACACUUGUAAGCAGUUAGCCACUGAACCAUUGUGUCCUGAUGUCUGAAAAUUAAAUGCUCACUAAGUAGGUUGUAUGCUAGGUGUGUUCCAAGACAGAUGGACAAAACCUCAAUUAAGGAUCCCCAUGUUUAAUGGCCUGUAUGAGUUACAAUUUAUAUACAAGUUAGCAGUUAGUUUCAGGACAAGACAGGAGGAGGAGAGGAAAGAAAGAAAAUCACAUUCACAAAGUCUCCCCACAGCUUUGAAAAACUGAUGAAACCAACUUGGUCAUAAAGCAAAAGUAUUAGGAGAUGUUUUCAUUUGUUUUUAGCAGUUCCAUUUAACCAUUUUCUGAGACACUAGGGCCACUGAAGCAGCAGAGUUUGGAGCAGUUAUAAUUUGGAGAUUGCCCAAAGAACAAAGUCCUGUAAGUGCAGCUUGAACUGACAGUGCAUUUGCCAUUCAGAUAAAGUUCUUUAGGAAUUUUCUCUGGUUUGGAUUUUAAAUUCUAAAAUGUGUUUCCUCCUAAAAUCAGGGAGGUGUUUUUGUUGUUUUUUGCAGGGUUGGGUGGUAUUGUUUAGUCUCUGUUGGGUGUUGUGUUUGGAAGCCCUAGAGGGAAGGAAAGGUUGUGGAGGUUUGUUGCAACUGAAAGCACCUGAACAUCUUCUACAAGCCUGGGGUGCUUCCUUUAGGCCGAUGUAAGCCCCUAAUCCGCUUAACUAAGCAGGUAAGGUGUUCAUUAGCUAAGCUAGGUUUUCAAAGAGAAAGGGAGAGUAAGAAACAGGGAGAGGGAGAAAGAGAGAGAGAAUGAAUGUGGAAGAGUGAGAAGAACAAACAAGUCAAAGCAUUUGUUCAUGCUGCAAUCUACACAUCAAUUAUCCCGCUGUGCUAAUUACCACCUUUCCAUACCCCAGGUACCUAAGCAUUCACACUUACUCACUCUUUCAUGCCUCUGAUCAAAAAAAAAAAAAAAAAAAAAAGAGGAACGAGAUGAUAGAAGCAGAGGAAGAUGAACCCAGAGGUGAAACGCACCAUUAGAUCAAAAUGUCCUUUACAUAUGAAAGUAUAAAUAAGGGGUCUUCUCCAUUUUGCCAUUGCUGUUUCAGACAAUUAAACAUUUGCAAAUGUUUUAAUUGCAAAAUAUUACUUACUGCCAGGCUUCCAGGAGUGCUUCUACGCAAGCAGCCCUUGUUUUGAUGCUUAAAAGAAGACAGAGAGUGGUGAAUUAUGACAAUGUAGUGGACACAGGUUCUGAAACAGAUGAGGAAGACAAGCUGCACAUCGCUGAGGAUGACGGUAUUGCUAACCCCCUGGACCAGGAGACAAGUCCAGUUAGCAUGCCCAACCAUGAAUCCUCCCCACACGUGAGCCAAGCUCUGUUGCCAAGAGAGGAAGAGGACGAUGAAAUAAGGGAGGGUGGAGUGGAACAUACCUGGCACAGCAACGAGAUUCUCCAAGCCUCUGUAGAUGGUCCAGAAGAAAUGAAGGAUGACUAUGACACUAUGGGGCCAGAAGCCACGAUCCAGGCCACCGUGAACAAUGGUACAGUGAAGAAUGCAAAUUGCACAGCAGACUUUGAGGAGUUCUUUGCCAAAAGGAAACUGGAGGAACGCGAUGGCCAUGCUGUCAGUAUUGAGGAGUACCUUCAGCGCAGUGACACAGCCAUUAUUUACCCAGAAGCCCCCGAGGAGCUGUCUCGCCUUGGCACGCCAGAGGCCAAUGGGCAAGAAGAAAAUGACCUGCCACCUGGAACUCCAGAUGCUUUUGCCCAACUGCUGACCUGCCCCUACUGCGACCGGGGCUACAAGCGCUUGACAUCACUGAAGGAGCACAUCAAGUACCGCCAUGAGAAGAAUGAAGAGAACUUUUCCUGCCCUCUUUGUAGCUACACGUUUGCCUACCGCACCCAGCUCGAGCGGCAUAUGGUGACGCACAAGCCAGGGACAGAUCAGCACCAAAUGCUAACCCAAGGAGCAGGUAAUCGCAAGUUCAAAUGCACAGAGUGCGGCAAGGCCUUCAAAUAUAAACACCAUCUGAAGGAGCACCUGCGAAUUCACAGUGGUGAAAAACCCUAUGAGUGCCCGAACUGCAAGAAACGUUUCUCCCAUUCGGGUUCCUACAGUUCACACAUCAGCAGCAAGAAGUGCAUUGGCUUAAUCUCGGUAAAUGGCCGCAUGAGAAACAAUAUCAAGACGGGUUCUUCCCCUAAUUCUGUUUCUUCCUCUCCUACCAAUUCAGCCAUCACUCAGUUAAGAAACAAGCUGGAAAAUGGAAAACCACUUAGUAUGUCUGAGCAAACAGGCUUACUUAAAAUUAAAACAGAACCACUAGACUUCAAUGACUAUAAAGUUCUAAUGGCCACACACGGGUUUAGUGGCACUAGUCCCUUUAUGAAUGGUGGACUUGGAGCCACCAGCCCUUUAGGCGUUCAUCCUUCUGCUCAGAGUCCAAUGCAACACUU